AUGCGUGAAAAGGAGCAUCAGCAGACCUCACAGUACGGCUUGACGGCAUCAAGCGCGAGAGCGCAUACAAGCCAGCCAAAGCGACGCAGGCUGAGCCAGCCCGUCAGCUCAUCGCUACAGAAGCGUCGUUCCAUCAGCAGAAUUCGCAGCGGCUCUGUGCUGGAGGAUGACGGCGAGCGAGAACAGCUAUCCACCAGCGAGGGAGAGGCGUUGGGCGAUGCAUUGGGACGGCACAGACCGCCGCCUCGAUCCCCCUCCUUUUACUCUUCCACUGCCUAUGCGGCCGGGUCAUCUGGUCGCAAUGGGCGAGGCGAGUCUGGCAGCACCAGCAGCUCGGAUGCUUCGAGCAGCGAUAGGCACGUCUUUGACUGGGACGCCAAGCGCGCCGCGGUGCGAGAGAGGACGCGUGAGAGACAGAGGAUGAGUUUCGACGAGAGGCAGAGCAGCGCGAGGGCCAGGAGAUUGAACCUCACUCUGCCGUCCCGCUACGCUCCUGGCGAGGGUGAGGUUGCGAUGGCAUCGCCAGGAGCAGGUGGAGCAGCAGCAGCAGCGCUGCGCAGAGGCUCUUCCGUCUCUCGAAGAGUCCCCUCUCCUGCGCUGAAAGGAGAGGAGACGGUCACCGGGCUCGCAUCCGUCAUCUCGCGCGGUCGGGACGCGACGCCACCAUACGGCACGCCUGCAUCUGCCGAUGCAGCAAAUGCAGCGAGCAGCAGCACUGCGAGGAGACAGGCUGCGCGACCAAAGAGGAGGUUGAGUGUGAAUCCCGUCAUUGAGACUGCACUCAUUGUGGGCGCUGGAGCGGCCAUGUGUCAUGAACUAGGUACGACUGGCAUUCCUAGGGUGCAGUCGCACGUCACGGGUGAGUCCAUGAGCGUGGAAGCUGCACCCUCAUCGCUUGUCCUGCGAUCGCUCGUGCUGACCAUGAUCCCGCACCCUCGAAGAAUUGGCGUGGAUCUGCUCCUCUACGCUGCUGUACUUGGCAAUGCGAGGCGCGGGUGCGUGCGGGUUCAUUUGGUCUACCGAUCAUCGCAAUUACAGGUGGGUUAAGAAUGCCGUAGCUGCGGCGCAGCGGGCGCAGUCGUCUGACCCUACGCGAGAUUUCCGCCAUGAUGCAGACAAUGCGGAGAUGACGGAGCGCUAAGUGGCUUGCUGAUGGGACCUCUACUGGCCGCGGCCGCACUACUUGCAGCUAUACGGGAGACUGCAGGGCUGGCCAAUGCUCCUAAUGGAAGCCCAUUGCCGUACCCGAAUUGGCAAAUCGAAGGACCUCUGUCUCUUGUGCAGCAUGCUCGCCCAACACCAGACUCGCUCCAUCAGCUGGUCCUUUCGCGGUGUUCCUUGGUCAGCCUGCAAACCUUGACAUCCACGAUUCUGCUGCUGCACUUGCUAGGAACGAGGUGGAUCAGACGUCCGGCAGAUUUUCCGCAAAGCAAUUGGAGACGGCUGGGGUCGUUUGUGGUGUUUGAAAUCCUUGUCACGGGCUUUGUCGAGCUCGUGCGGGAGUUGGCCGCGCGGAGCGGCAUCUCAUUCUGGACGGGUGAGUGGGUGCGGGUGAUUAAAAAACAAAAACAAAAAGAAAAAAAGAAAACGUGACGCGACGCGGUUGACGCCGCACCUCCUACGCUCUACAGACUUGGCGCGCUGGGAAGUGUUCACCGCGGCUUUAUUCUAUCAGAGCAAUCUGUACUGCAUAUCGCGACUUGCUCGUAAAAGCUUUACGCUGGGCGAGCUCUCCAUCGUAGCGGCUAUAGGCGUGACGCUCGUCAUGGAGACGCUGGCUUUGACCGUGGCCAAGGUGCGCGGCGUGGCGCUGUGGGUUCAGCGCGGGCGAAGCUGACACGUGCCCUUGCUCUCUCUCUCGCCCCAGGUCAUGCCUUUUGCCACACCCUUCGUCAAGGCCUUUCGCAGCCCAACACCGCUUGUGGUCUUUCAGUCUGCACUCGUGGUAGGCUCCUUUAUGAUUGGCUUCUUGCUCUCGCCACUGCUCUACCUCUCGCGGCAUUUGGCGCAAAAGCCAGUGCAUCGACUGCGAUGGCCGCACAAGCGAGACCUACACCGGCGCUUGCUAGCGGGCUUUUUCUACCUCUUUGCCGCGCUGUACAUUGUCGGCGUGCUCGGUCUGUGGACGCGUUGGAUUCUGGGACGAAGAGAUCCUUGGGUAUGGGUGCUGCACUUUCUCAUCAAGGGCAAGCAUCCGUGGUCACGACCUUUGCUCGUUGCGUACUGGCUCGCGCUCGUGGCAGCAAGCGUCUUGAGCUGGCAGGCCAUCGUAGUCAGCGCCAAGCGGUUCAGGGUCGUGAGGAAUCCGACCGUGACGAGCGUGACUGCGACUGCCGCGACCGCGACCGCGACCGCGAGUGGCAGCUUGCAUGAGAAUGCAGCCUCUGCGGCGCACAACGCAGACGUGCCAAUAGCACCUUCAUCCGCGAAUACACGAGCUACCGCGGCCGGGGUGGUCAGAAGCUUGGGAGGCCUCGGAGCCAUCGGCAAUGCAGCUGCAAACACCGAGACUGGCGGCGUGACGCUCAAAAGGGCCGCUACGCUGAGCUUGAACGCGCGCAGAAAGUUCUUUCACGCACUUGCAGUCAUGCUUUUUGUGCCAGGCAUCGCAGCCGAUGUGAGUUCGCGCGAGAGCGAUAGCCAACUUUCAUUUGCACGAACUGACACGCACCCACCCACACGCGCACGCGCGCACGCACGCACCCACCCACACGCGCACGCGCGCACGCACGCACGCACGCACGCACGCACGCACGCACACGCUCUCGCACAGCCCGCUUUCAUGCACUUGGCCUUCUCGCUGGCGUUUUCUGCAUUCAUCUUUGCAGAGUACAUUCGCUACUAUGCACUCUACCCAUUCGGCGCCACCUUGCACGUCUUUUUGGCAGAGUUUACAGACCACAAGGACAGCGGGCCGGUGAUACUCAGUCACUUUUACCUCCUCACUGGAUGUGCCGGGCCGCUCUGGAUCGAAGGUUCGUCGCAGAUUACGCAACAAAUAGGCGUUCUCGUUCUCGGCGUCGGAGAUGCUCUAGCUAGCAUCGUGGGUCGACGGUAUGGGCGCGUGUACUGGCCCGGAAGCAGCAAAACGGUCGAAGGGUCGGUCGCUUUCGUUGGCAGCAUCCUUUGCAGUACCCUCCUCCUCCGCAUGCUGGGUUGGGUGCAACCGUUCAGCGUAAGUGUGCGCGCGCGCGCGCAAACGAACGAGCGCGCGCUUUCGCAAAUCCUGUACGAAACGCUCACGCUCACGCUCACGCUCACGCUCACGCUCACGCUCACGCCCACGCCCACGCCCACGCCCACGCCCACGCAGAUUCCUCGACUCGGCGUCGUCUUGGCUCUCCUCGGUGCGCUGGAAGGCACCAGCUCGCAAAACGACAAUCUCAUUUUGCCCGUGUAUGGAUUCGUCACUCUUACGCUGCUCAACGUAUGA